CAACUUGUUAUCAUGUGGCUUGCAAACGGCGCUUUAAAUUUUUGAAGUCAAGUUUCAAAUGGUAAUUAUUUUCUGUGUUUUAAUAAAGUAUUUCAAUAAUUAUGGAUAAAGAAGAUCAAGAAUUGAUAAUUGUUAAUAGAAAUGUUGAAUAUACUGUCUCCAAGAGAUUCAUCUGCUCAUCUGUGCCUUAUUUUGAGAAAAUGUUUUGCUGUGAUUUGUUGGAAUCAAAGGAAAACAAAGUGCAACUUGAUUUUGAAGAACGUGUUUUUGACUCUAUACUCAAUUGGAUUCAUACUGGAUCGUUCUUAAUUCAAAUGGAAAAUGUGAUCAGUUUUUACGAAGCAGCUGAUUAUCUGAUGAUAAAUGAUCGUUUGUUGCAGCCUUGUCUUUCUUAUUUCCAGGAAAAUUUUACCAUUGAAUAUCUUCCAGUUAUUUUACCCCAAGUCACCAAAGUAUCCAAGUUGAUAAGUUCAGGAGCUCUUGAAAACUUUAUCUGUCGCCAUUUCUUGAAAAUUGUCAAUACGAAUGUUUUCUUGGACCUAUCGUUUGAAUUACUUGAAACUAUUCUCAAAUUGGAUCUGAUGGUUCACUCUGAAUAUCAAAUAUUUGAAUCGAUCAUGAAGUGGGUGAAUAAACAUGCAGAAUCAAGAAAGAAAUUUCUUGCACCGCUAUUGAAUUGCGUCCGUUGGUUUUUCAUUGAUCCUUUUGAUGUGCCUAAGAUAAAGGAUGAUCCCUUAAUCAAAUCAAUGCCAGAUUAUGAUUCAGUCAGGAUGGACGAUAAACAAGGAUUCGAUCGUAGUAAUCAAAGCUACUUCAUUUCUAUCCAUAAAAUAAACAAACAAAAUUUACGGAUCAAAGUAUUUGAUAAGAAAUUGUUCUGUUUACCGAUCUGUGAUUUUAAGAGUGACGAUACUAUGCCACUUGAAUUAGUUGAUGGAGAACACACUUCAGAUAUUCUGUUUGAUUCUGGAAGAAAAGGAAUCAGAAUUGACUGGGUUAAAAAGACAUUUCGAUGGCUUGACUUUAAAGCACCUGGCAGUACUUACUACAGCGAUAUCAAUAGAUUGAUUUUAAAUUUUCUGAGCGAUAUGAGAUGUCAGGUCUUUUCAUUGGAAAAGACAGAGGGUAAACUUUCUUUAUCGCUUUCCGAUGAAAGGAAGAUCCUUGAAUCUAAUGGUAAAUUCGUGGUCAUUGGUAAAACUCGCGAACAAAAGUGGUUUGGAUCUUUCUCAAAGCCUAAUUCCAGUUGGUUCGAUGAUUAUAAAUGUCGUAUGCAUUCUUUCCUAGCCACUGUUCUGGACAAUGUUGUUUAUAUAUUAACGGAAAAGCUCGAGUUUAUACAAUACAAUUAUUCGACUAAAAGUUUCAAUUCAAGUGUACCUUUCGAUGAAGAUGAAUUUACUUUCGAGGAUUUAAUCUUGACUUCACACCAAGCAAAAGAUGAUAAAGUUAUUCUGGUCAAUAAAUCAUCUGGAAAAAUGUAUAUUUUCUACGUGGAUGAAAAUAAAUGGGUACAAAAAUAUCAAAUAAUGAAUGUUGGUCCAUGCUCCAAGAGUGCCGAUCUACCUGUUGAUAAGUUAAUCACCUUCACUUCGGCGUUUUUAUCCAUGAAAAAUAUCAAACCUUUAUACAAAAGAAAGUUUGUUCCAUUCUGAUCUGCAUCCACAUUUGGCUUAAUUUAACUUAAAUUUCAUUAUUUAUCAACGAAUCUAAUUGGUAUAUUUUGAGCAUCAAAUAAUCAAAUUGAAAUCCAUCAUAUUUGACCAUUAUCGACCUAUUCAAUUGAAGGCUUUUAUUACAACAAAUCUGACCUGUUAUACCUGUUGACCUGAACAAAUCUGUUAUAACAAGUGUACAAUAUCUUUCCGUGUCUUUGGCGCUUGCAUCAGCACGAAUUUCACGAAUUAAUUUUUUAUCUUGCCAAAUUUCCAAAUUUUAUAAGUAUGUGUCUCCAUCAAAUGCAAUAAUUCCAUAUAUUGUAAUUUAACAAUGCUGUAUUUCAUUACAAAGCAUUACUUCAACUCAAUAGACGUUUUUCCUUGAA